AUGGCUAACGAGGAAGAUGUUCCACUGCAAGACGGCCCGGCGCAAGCAUCUCCACCCCCACCCCCUUCCCCUUCCCCCUCUUCCUCCUCCGGCGAAGACGAAGCCCCCCAAGUCGAAUGGCUCGCCACCGGCCGCGCGAAGCGCUCCACAGCCGGAAACCGCCUCCACUCCCUCCUCCAGCAGGAAGAGACCGAUGAUGAGCUCGAACUCCUCUUCGCAGAAGCCGACGACGAUGCCGGCUUCUCAGACCACGAGGCCGACUCGGACGUGCAGAUGGACUCGUCCUCGGACGAGGACGAUCAAGGCCCUACCGCCGGGGAUGAUCUGGAAGGUGAGAAGGAGUUGGAGAAGCAGGCGAGGGCUGAGAGGUUGAAAAAGAGGAAGCAGGACGGGGGCCGGGGCGUGCCAAAGGCGUUCAAGAAGAGGGUCAAGAUUGACCCGACGGUCGUGAGCGCGCCGCCUCCACGACCGAAGAAGAAAUCCGAGCGCGCGAGUUGGAUUCCGACGGCUGAGGAGGCGCCCACCAGAGCGUCGGCCAGAGGGACCACGAAGCAGAGUAAGGAGCAGUUGCAUGCGCAGAUGGUGGAUCGCGAGAUCAGGCGACUCAACCAGCUGGCGAAUAUGGAUCGGGCGGCGAAGAGGAGGGAGGCCGCGAAGAAACCGCCUAUGACGCAGGAGGAUCGUUUGAAGGAGGCCGCGAGGGUUGAAAAGAGCAAUUCGAAGAGCUUGUCGAGGUGGGAAGAGGCAGAACAACAGAGGGAGGAGGAACAGUUGGCGAAGCUGGCGGCGUUGAAGAACAGGAAGGUAGAGGGGCCGGUCGUGACGUGGUGGAGUGGGAUAGGGGAGUGGGUGGGGGGGAAACUGAGGAAGGUGGGAAAGAAUAUGACGAUUGAGGACAAGGAGAAGCCGAGUAAGAAGCGGAAGCUCAACGAGGAUGAAGAUGAGGUUGUGGAACCUGUGCCGCCAGAAUCGACGGGGGGUGUUAAGGAGAAGGAUGUAUCUGUAUCGACGGGAGCAGGACCCUCAGCGACUGCUCCCAAAGAGCCCAGCCCUGUUGUACAAAGGACAUCACCAAAUCAGUUCGCAAAGCCCUAUGUGCCCCCUCCAGAGAUGCGAUUUCAGCCUCCGGCGCCGUCACCUCGCUACAUUCCUGGGCCGCCCAACUCUUCCGUUCUCGCCCCUCCUGCUGGACUUCCCUUGAGCGCACCCCCACCUCCUCUGAAUGGCUUACACAGACCCUAUAUCAUGGGUCCUUUCGCACUCGACGGGUCCGCCCCCUUACCAGGCUUUGGAAUCUACGCACCACCUCCCCCUUUCACCCCCUCCACACCGUUCACACCGAACCGCCCUUCGCCACUACCGCCCCCCGAAGUUCCCCCUCCACCCCCUACCAUCGAGCACGGGGCGUGCAACUACCUGAUCCUCGAAAACUUCAACGAAACCGCCAUCAGAGACAAGAACGUACAAACCCAGAUCUUGUUCGGGAGGAAAUUCAUCAAAGCCCCCAGACUCCGUCCCCCGCCUGUCCUCUGCGUCAUCACCGGCCACCCGGCCAGAUACCGCGACCCGGCCACGGGUCUGCCGUACUACAGCGCCCACGCCUACAAGGAGAUCCAGAAGCUGAAGCGCGGGGAGUACAAGUGGAGCGCGCUCGUGGGCGCUUAUGUGGGCGUUGGGGGCUGUGCCGCUAGGGGUGUGCCGGGGAGGUUCCUGGAUGCGAAGGCGCCUGGACCUGUGACUGCGACUGCGACGGUGACGACGACAGCGACAGCGACGGCGAGUGCGGGUGCGAGUGCGGGUGCGACUGUCGCAGUACCUGAGCCGAGUGUUGGGCCGAGUGUCGGUGGUGGUGGCGCGACGACUUCAGAUGGCGCUUGCGUAGCUGGGGAUGUCAAGACGAGCGUAGGGACGAAUCCAGGAACCACCGUGGGCGCGAGUGCGACCGCGAUUGGGCCUGCAAAUACAAAUGUAACAAAUGCGAAUACCCUGUAA